GAGCGGGGCGGGGGGAUGGCGGCGCGGCCGGCCGAGGCCGGGGCGGAGCGGGCGGAGCCGGCGGCCGGCGGGGAGGACGGGCCCGGGGCGGCGGGCCGCAAGGCUCGGGGCCGGCCCAGGCUCACCGAGUCCGACCGGGCCCGGCGGCGGCUCGAGUCCCGGAAGAAGUACGACGUGCGGCGCGUGUACCUGGGCGAGGCGCACGGGCCCUGGGUGGACCUGCGGCGCCGCAGCGGCUGGAGCGACGCCAAGCUGGCCGCCUACCUCAUCUCGCUGGAGCGCGGCCAGCGUAGCGGGCGGCACGGGAAGCCUUGGGAGCAAGUCCCUAAGAAGCCAAAACGGAAGAAAAGGCGGCGGCGCAAUGUGAACUGCCUGAAGAACGUGGUCAUCUGGUACGAAGACCACAAACAUCGCUGCCCGUACGAGCCGCACCUGGCCGAGCUGGACCCCACCUUCGGCCUGUACACCACGGCCGUGUGGCAGUGCGAGGCAGGCCACCGCUACUUCCAGGACCUGCACUCGCCCCUGAAGCCGCUCAGCGACUCGGACCCCGACAGCGACAAAGGCGGGAAUGGCCUUGUGGCGGGCAGCUCGGCCUCCUCCAGCGCCGGCUCCGGUUCGGACAGCGAGGAGUCCCCCGAAGGCCAGCCGGUCAAGGCGUCAGUGGCGGCAGCUGCGGUCAGCCCCGCCAGCCCCGUGGGCAGCAGCGGGCUCAUCACCCAGGAGGGUGUGCAUAUUCCCUUUGAUGUACAGCACGUGGAGAACCUGCCCGAGCAGGGCACCGCGCUGGGCCCCAGCUCAGCGGUGUCCACGGCGGCGGCGGGCGGCGGGCCCGAGGCCCUGGAGACAGUGGUGUGUGUGCCAGUGCCCAUGCAGAUGGGCGCGGGCCCGGGCACCCUCUUUGAGAACGUGCCCCAGGAGGCCCUGAAUGAGGUUGUAGCCAGCUGUCCCGUGCCUGGCAUGGUGCCCGGCUCACAGGUCAUCAUCAUUGCCAGCCCCAGCUAUGACACCCUCACGGCCGACGGCAUCCACUUGAAUAUGGCGGCCAGCAGCAGCACCCCUGGUGGCAGUGGCGGCGGCGGCCUGGGCGAGGAGGUGCCCUGUGCCAUCAUGGAGGGUGUGGCUGCCUACACCCAGACGGAGCCUGAGGGUGGCCAGCCUGGCACCAUGGACGCUGCCACUGUAGCCGACAUCGAGACAAAGAAAGAGAAGGAGGACAUGUACCUACUCAAGAAAGAGGAGCCACCGCCAGAGCUGGCCGAGCUGGCCGCCGCCGUGCCCGAGAGCACCGAGCCAGAAGCCGAGGUGGACGGGGAGGAGCUGGAGGGCGGCGCCAUGUCCGCCAUCAUCUAUGAGAUCCCCAAAGAGCCCGAGAAGAGACGGCGCAGCAGGCGGUCGCGGGUGACGGACGCCGACGGCCUGCUCGAGAUGUUCCACUGUCCCUUCGAGGGCUGCAGCCAGGUCUACGUGGCUCUCAGCAGCUUCCAGAACCACGUGAACCUGGUGCACCGGAAGGGGAAGACCAAGGUGUGCCCCCACCCCGGCUGCGGCAAGAAGUUCUACCUGUCCAACCACCUGCGAAGACACAUGAUCAUCCACUCAGGUGUCCGCGAAUUCACCUGCGAGACGUGUGGCAAGUCCUUCAAGAGGAAGAACCACCUGGAGGUGCACCGACGCACGCACACGGGCGAGACGCCCCUACAGUGCGAGAUCUGCGGCUACCAGUGCCGCCAGCGCGCCUCGCUCAACUGGCACAUGAAGAAGCACACGGCCGAGGUGCAGUACAGGUUCACGUGCGAGCGCUGCGGGAAGCGCUUCGAGAAGGUGGACAGUGUCAAGUUCCACACGCUCAAGAGCCACCCGGACCACAAACCCGCCUGACCACUGGACCAA